UUUUUCAAAACAUCAGUGCGUUCUUGUUCAAAACAAAUAAACGUGUUCGGUUUGGAACUUACGUCGGAAUCCGCGAAAAAUCGUUUCCUGUCCGUAAAUUACGUUGUUUUUGAAAAAAAAAGUCCCUUUACAAACAUUCAGCGAUGGAAAAGUAUGCCGUGCCGAACAAACUUCCGUCCGAGGAGAUCAGCAUUCUUGCACAGCGCAAAGCUCGCAUAAAGCGCGAUGCCGGUCAGUGGGUCCGGAAGCCACUGCCGGAGAACCGUAAGAAAAAGUUUUGCAAGCCGGAAUUGUUUAUUGCGGAUUUCCGUAAAGCCGAACGUGACACGAUGCGCAUUAAGCGUAAUUUCCUGAAAACCGGUGUACAGUUGCAGAACAAUGCGAUCGAACAUGGUCGAUUGAUUCUGAUAUUCCGACAUCGCGGUAAGUACAUCGCCAACAAGGAGGUGAUGCAUAUUCUGGCCAAGUUGGGGUUGCCGUACAAACGAAGAGCCGUUCUGCUUAAGCUGACGGAAGGAGUACACGCGAUGCUCAAGAUGGUCGAGCCAUGGAUUAUUUGGGGAUAUCCGAAUAUUGGUACAGUUCGGGAGUUGGUCUAUAAGUACGGUCUGUUCAAGCCGGAACAUGGUGAGAAGGGACCGAAGAAGAUUCCGAUCGCUUCCAACAAGCAGGUAGAGGAGAAAUUUGGCCAUUUGGGUAUCAUUUGUGUGGAGGACUUGCUGCACGAGCUACUGACGGUGGGGCCGAAUUUCGAUAAAGUGACGAAGAUUUUGCACACAUUCGAGCUGCGAUCGCCAGUGGACGGCUGGAAGACGGCUCGAAGAGGUAAACUGCGCUCGUUGGGAGGAGAGGCAGGUUUCCGAGGUAACGAAAUUAAUGAGUUCUUCAAGAGGUUACUGUGAGGUAAAUUCGUGUAACAAAUGUGUUUCUGAUAGAUUUUAAGGUUUUUUUUUCUCAUUUUUCUGCUUAAAGAAUUAUAUACAAGUUCAUGAUGGAAA